UAGUUUACUUCUGAAUCGUGGUUUACCCGGUUUACCGUCAAGCCGGCAAAGUCUAACCAAUAUUUCAUUUUUAUUGGUUUUUAUAUUUAAAUUAUUUGACGUUAAGCAGUAGUUUAAAUCUAAUACGAUGGCUAAACAUCAUCCAGACUUGAUAUUUUGUCGUAAGCAACCCGGCGUCGCCAUAGGACGAUUAUGUGAAAAAUGUGAUGGUAAAUGUGUAAUAUGUGACUCAUAUGUCAGACCAUGUACAUUAGUACGCAUAUGUGAUGAGUGCAAUUAUGGCUCAUACCAGGGCCGAUGUGUUAUAUGCGGUGGACCUGGUGUAUCAGAUGCAUAUUAUUGUAAGGAAUGCACAGUUCAAGAAAAAGAUAGAGAUGGAUGUCCAAAAAUUGUAAACUUGGGAAGUUCAAAAACAGAUCUAUUUUACGAACGGAAAAAAUAUGGGUUCAAACGGCGGUAGAACCACUAUAUUUUCAUUUGUAUUUUUAAUAAUGUAUAUUACUAUUUUUAAUUAACUCUUGAAGUAAUUAUAAUUUCAAAAUC